AUGUCACGAAUGGGGUGGCGCAGGCGGAUUCUAUUCAGCCCCGUAUUAUUGACGGGGGCCAGCUCUCUGAAUGGGGCAUUACAAUCACCACAUGCAUGCGUAUACCUCACUGGUUCAUACACAAAACCUCCAGUCGGAGGAUUUAUAAUAGACCCGAAGAGUUAUCGGAAUGAUGAUGAUGAUGAUGAUGAUGGUGGUGGUAAUGACGAUGAUGACAGCGAUGAUAAUGAUGAUGGUUCCAGUGGUGGUAAUAAUGGCAAUCGUCAAACUGUUGGCAUCAUUAUCCUUUCCAGUGCUGCAGUUGCCUACCUGCUGAUUCUCAGCUUGACGACAAUAUUUCACUGA